AUGGUUAACUUCACCGUCGACCAGAUCCGUGGGCUUAUGGACAAGCCCACAAACAUCCGUAAUAUGAGUGUUAUCGCCCAUGUCGACCACGGAAAAUCCACCCUUACUGAUUCGCUGGUGUCGAAAGCCGGUAUCAUUGCUUCAGCAAAAGCUGGAGACAUGCGUUUUACGGACACAAGAGAGGACGAGAAAGAACGUGGUAUCACCAUCAAGUCUACAGCCAUCUCCAUGUACUUCGAGGUGGAUAAGGAAGAACUUCCUUCCAUCAAGCAGAAAACCGAUGGUAAUGAAUUCCUGAUCAACUUGAUCGAUUCUCCGGGACACGUCGAUUUCUCGUCGGAGGUCACCGCCGCUCUCCGUGUCACUGACGGUGCACUUGUUGUCGUCGACUGUGUAGAGGGUGUCUGUGUGCAGACAGAAACUGUCCUGCGUCAAGCUUUGACUGAACGUAUCAAGCCUGUCGUCAUCAUCAAUAAGGUUGACCGUGCUUUACUCGAGCUCCAGGUUGAUAAGGAGUCCCUCUACCAGUCCUUCCAGCGUACUGUCGAGAGCGUUAACGUCAUUGUAUCUACAUAUCAUGACGAAGCCCUCGGUGACGUUCAGGUAUAUCCUGACCGAGGUACUGUCGCUUUCGGUUCUGGUCUUCACGGUUGGGCUUUUACCCUACGGCAAUUCGCUACACGUUACGCCAAGAAGUUUGGUGUUGACAAGGAGAAGAUGAUGGCCAAGCUAUGGGGCGACAACUUCUUUAACCCGAAGACAAAGAAGUGGUCCAAUAAGAACACCGAUGCCGAUGGCAAGCCCCUCGAGCGUGCCUUCAACUCGUUCGUUCUUGAUCCCAUUUUCAAAAUUUUCGACGCCGUCAUGAACUUCAAAAAGGAUGCUAUUGGCCCUAUGCUGGAAAAGCUCGAUAUCAAGCUCGCUCAGGAUGAGCGGGAUCUUGAAGGAAAAGCCCUCCUGAAGGUCGUCAUGCGUAAAUUCCUUCCCGCUGGCGAUUCCAUGUUGGAAAUGAUAGUCAUUAACCUUCCAUCUCCCGCCACCGCUCAACGUUACCGUGUCGAGACACUCUACGAAGGUCCCAUGGAUGACGAGUCUGCGAUUGGUAUCCGUGAUUGUGACCCCAAAGGUCCCCUUGUCCUCUACGUCUCUAAGAUGGUUCCCACAUCCGAUAAGGGUCGUUUCUACGCCUUCGGUCGUGUAUUCUCUGGAACCGUUCGUUCUGGUCCUAAGAUCCGUAUCCAGGGCCCUAACUACUUGCCCGGAAAGAAAGAUGAUCUCUUUGUCAAGUCUAUCCAGCGAACUGUUCUCAUGAUGGGUCGUUACAUUGAGCCUAUCGAGGAUUGUCCUGCUGGUAACAUUGUCGGUCUCGUUGGUAUCGACCAGUUCCUGCUGAAGAAUGGUACUCUGACCACCUCGGAGACUGCUCACAACAUGAAAGUUAUGCGAUUCUCCGUCUCUCCUGUCGUGCAGGUCUCUGUCGAGGUCAAGAAUGCCGCUGAUCUCCCCAAACUCGUCGAAGGUCUCAAGCGUCUAUCAAAAUCUGAUCCCUGUGUCCAGGCAUGGAUUUCGGAAACUGGUGAACACAUCGUCGCUGGUGCUGGUGAGCUGCACUUGGAAAUUUGCUUGAAGGAUCUUCAAGAAGACCAUGCUGGCGUCCCCCUCAAAAUCUCUGAACCUGUCGUACCUUACCGUGAAACUGUCAAGGCCGAAUCCUCCAUUGUUGCUCUGUCCAAAUCACAGAACAAACACAAUCGUCUUUACGUAAAGGCUUUGCCGAUCGACGAAGAGCUUACGAGGGCAAUUGAGGAGGGCAAAGUCAACUCUCGUGACGAUUUCAAGGCCCGUGCACGUAUCCUCGCAGACGAGUUUGGUUGGGACGUCACCGAUGCCCGAAAAAUCUGGUGUUUCGGUCCAGACACAACCGGUCCUAACUUGAUGGUUGAUGUUACGAAGGGAGUCCAGUACCUUAACGAAAUCAAGGAUUCUUGUGUUGCUGCUCUCCAGUGGGCAACAAAGGAAGGUGUCUGUGCAGAAGAGAACAUGCGUGGUGUGCGAUUCAACAUUCUUGAUGUGACCCUUCACGCCGAUGCCAUUCAUCGUGGAGGAGGACAGAUUAUCCCCACUUGCAGGCGUGCAUGCUAUGCCGCUUGCCUACUCGCUACACCUGGUCUCCAGGAACCUAUCUACCUCGUCGAAAUACAAUGUCCUGAGAGUGGCAUUGGUGGUAUCUAUUCUUGCUUGAACAAACGUCGUGGACAAGUAUUCAGCGAAGAGCAAAGGCCCGGAACUCCUAUGUUCACUGUCAAAGCUUACCUCCCUGUCGCCGAGUCCUUCGGUUUCAACGGAGAGCUCCGACAACAUACGUCUGGCCAGGCCUUCCCCCAGAAUGUGUUCGACCAUUGGGAAUUGAUGCCCGGAUCUCCGCUCGACAAAGGUAGCAAGAUUGAGGAGGUCGUAACCAAGAUUCGUACACGCAAAGGUCUCAAGCCUGAAAUUCCUGCUCUUGACACCUACUACGAUAAGCUAUAA